AUAUUAAUAAACUACAAGUUAAUCAGCAGCACAAACAUCAGAUUUAAUUCCAGGCAGAUCACUCUUUUCCCUUUUCCACUUCAUACACCUUUUCCCCUAUUGUAGUUCCUCCUCUUGCUUGCACUUCCCAACUUCUAAAUGCCUCCUUUCUCAAGUUUUCUCAUAUUCCUCCCCUCCCUUUCCUUCUCAAGAAAGCUAUGAUUCUUCAAACUUUAUAUAUAUAUUACCUAAUAAGGGUAACAAAAGAUAAUUUCUUCUAAGCAGAGACACCCACCAUUGGUGCUUCUCUUACCAGAGAAAUCUCCAUUUCUUUCCGAUUAUUGUUCCCACGAAAGAAGAAGAAAAUUCAGAACUAGCUCGUAGAAGUAGUUCGGAGAGAUGGGUUCUAGAGUUCUUCACUGUUCCAUGUUCUUCCUCUCUAUUCUUUUCCUCAUUUCAGAAGCAAGCAUUGCAGAGAAACCUCCCUCGGAAGCAAUCCAACAGAAGAGAGAACUGGAAAACCAAAUACUUUUCUCAUCUUUAAAGUUCACCACCCAAAGGGAUUCCACCCCAACCAUUCCCAUCAUCAUCCCAACAACUCCAAGUUCUCCAACAACAACUCCAAGUUCUCCAAUUACAACAACUCCAAGUUCUCCGACUACAAUGACUCCUAUUGUAACAAGCCCCCCACCACCAGCCACCACACAACCAAGCCCAACCACCACGCAACCAAGCCCAACCACCACCCCUGCAUCAUCGGGCGGGUCUUGGUGUAUUGCGAGCCCAUCUGCAUCGGAAACCGCUUUACAGGUAGCUCUUGACUAUGCUUGCGGCUAUGGAGGAGCAGAUUGUUCAGCAAUUCAACCAGGUGCAAGUUGUUAUAAUCCAAACACACUUCAUGACCAUGCUUCAUAUGCAUUCAAUAACUACUACCAGAAGAACCCAUCUCCAACUAGCUGUGUUUUUGGAGGAACAGCACAGCUUACCAACACUGAUCCAAGUUCUGGAAGUUGUCACUUUGCAAUGUCCACCACAACACCCAGCACAACUUCAUCGAACAGUCCUCCAAGUUCAAUGAAUAGUCCUCCACCCCCAGGUUUAUAUACAUCUCCUACCACCCCAAGCUCAUCGAUAUAUCCUGGCACUCCAAGCGUACCAACAGAUUAUGGUGCAGAACCAACGGGGACCCCCAACUCAGCAUACUCUGCAUCGCUCAACCUACUGCUGAUCAUCACCACAAGUUGUUUCUCGAUUCUUGCAGCAAAUUAUCUCUAAACAAAUGGGAACAAAGUAAAGUCAUUCUCUCUCCACAAUGAGAUGGCGGUUCACUCAAAUCACCAGAAACACUUUACACAGUUUAAAGGAGGCACUGGGAUAAGAAGCAAGAUAUAAAUUUCAAGACCUCAUUCUUACCACAAGACCAUUAAUGUAUUUCAUCUAUUUGCGCCUUUUAGUUCAGCUAGAAGCUAGAGGAAAGUGAAGAAGAGAAAAGUAAUCUAGUGGGUUCUUUAUAGCUAGUCUUUCUGCUCUUAACAAAAUAAAAUCUUUAGACA